CAAGUCUGAGACGACUGCAGUUCUUCAUUUACAGCCUGCAGUGUUCUGCUCUGGUGGGUUUUACUUUAUUCUCCAUUUAUGAAGGAAUCUAAUUUCUUUUUUUUCAUCAGUGGUAAAGGAAGUGAUUACACCCUGGACCUACAAAUUCAUGUCAUUAACCUGAUAGAAAGCUGGAAUCAGUGAGUGAUUAUUUCUUUAACAAAGUGAAAGUGAAACACUGAGCGUUCACACUGGAUAGAAGAACAACAGCAAAAUAAAAUGGCUUCAGCGUUUUCAGAGGAGGAUUUUUCCUGUCCUGUGUGCUGUGAAAUCUUUAAAGACCCUGUUGUUCUGCACUGCAGUCACAGUGUGUGUAAAGUGUGUUUGCAGCUGUUCUGGGAGAAAAAAGGAUCCAGAGAAUGUCCUGUUUGUAGGAGGAAGUCAUCAAUGGAGAUUCCUCCUCUAAACCUGGUGUUGAAGAACCUGUGUGAGACUUUCUUACAGGACAGAAGUCAGAGAUCCUCAUCAGAAUCUGAAACAGUCUGCAGUUUACACAGUGAGAAACUGAAACUCUUCUGUCUGGACGAUCAGCAGCCGGUGUGUUUGGUGUGUCGAGAUUCAAGAAAACACACCAACCACAAAUUCUGCCCCAUUGAUGAGGCAGUGACAGACUGUAAGGAGAAACUCAAAACUGCACUGAAGCCCCUACAGGAGAAACUGAAGAUCUUUGAAGACUGUAAACUGAACUGGAGUCAGACUGCAGAACAUAUAAAGAUUCAGGCUGAACACACAGAACAUCAGAUUAAGAAGGAGUUUGAGAAGCUUUACCAGUUUCUACGAGAUGAAGAGGCAGCCAGGAUCAGUGCACUGAGAGAGGAAGAGGAGCAGAAGAGUCAGAUGAUGAAGGAGAAGAUUGAGAAGCUGAACAGAGACAUGUCAUCUCUUUCAGACACAAUCAGAGCCACGGAAGAGGAGAUGAGAGCUGAAGACGUCUUGUUCUUACAAAACUACAAGAACUCAGUGGAAAGAACUCUGUGCACACUGCAGGAUUCAGAGGAGCUUUCAGGAGCACUGAUCCAUGUGACUAAACAUCUGGCCAACCUGAAGUUCAGAGUCUGGGAGAAGAUGCAGGACACUGUCCAGUACAAAACGGUCAUCACUCACUACACUGGAACACCUGUCCUGACCUGGAUAACCUGACCUCUCUGUCACGGUAAGAAAUUAUCUUUUGUUUUAAAUUAAUCACAUUUUACUGUUGUUUUUAUUUAAUGUAUACUUCUGAAAGAUUUGUGGUAAUUAAAGUUACAGGCACGAUAUAAUGAAGGUCAGUGUGGAGAGUGAACUGGUUUACCUCAGAGAUAAACACCUCUGGAAAACUGAACAUUCUUAACGAUUAGCAGAUAACUAGGAAAUUGUCUACUAAAAUGUGGAAAUAACGACUUUUCACACCAUUUUCACCCGUGUUUUCUCCAUAUAGUGUCCUCAUAAUAACAGGAGGGUGAAACAGUAAAAGCACUGUGGAGUCUCUUUCUCUUUACUAGCUUUUAUAAUGUGUAUAUACAAUACACAGAGAAAAGCUCUGAGGAAAAUGUGACAAUACUUAACAAUAUUUUAAUGUGAUUUAGGUGAAAUAGGUAGAGGUGAUAAAAGGAUUUGCAUGACGGUUCUGUAUUUAGUUGCGUUGUGAGGAUUUGCAGCACGUGUUGUUUAACUGAUGAAGAUGUUUUAUCAAUUUGCUGGUGUUUUUUCUAUGUUUUCUUCAUUUGCAUUGCAUUAAUCUUUCUGGUCCACUGUGAUCCUAGGUGUGACUUACAUCUUUCAGCUGAUCAGAAUCAUUGUUCAAUCACUGGCUUUUGGCAAUUGCCAAGUAUUUGUUUAAGAGUCAAGUUCAGACACAAGGUUGAUAUUUUAAUUGUUACAUUCAUAAGUUUUGGAUUCCAUGACUGGUCCCCCGGCAUAAUUUAUUACUGUGCGAGGCAGAGGUGGGAACAAUUCACUGAUGAGAUUCUAGGAUAUGUCUUAAUUAUAUUGAUGCAUGUUUUUUUAGAUGCUGCUGUGAAUGGUAGUAUUUUAAAAUGUACUAAAUUGCCUUUUCUGUCUUCUCUUUCUUUACUGUUUUGUAGGUGUGCAGCCGAGGAAUCUGCAUAGACCCACCAGUGAACUAUUUCACUCAGUAAAUCUGUUAUUCCUGUUUCCUGUUUUUUUACUUGAAUUAAUUUAAAUUAAAUGUGAUUUACACAUUCUAAAUUGAAGUCAUUUCUUUUUCACAGUUCAAAUACUCAACCAUGUAAUUUUAAACAUACAGCAGCACAUAAAAUCAACUAAUAUUAGUUCUUUGUUUGGUCAGGCACAGUUUUACAUGUAACUGAGGUUUGAAAUGGUUUGACAGUGGAUUUUCCAUAGUAAGAUUAAGUACACAUUAAGUUCACCCACAGAAAUCAAUAAUGAAAUUAAUAAAUGGGACCCAUAAGGGGGCCACAUGUAGCCCACUUUGGCCCCAUUUUUAACACCUAUUUGGGACCCAAAUGGGCCCAUAUAAAGAACACAUAUACAGGCCCCACUAUCAGUCGCCCUUCUGGGCUAACACACAUGGGGCCCAUGUGUAGCCGAUGGACAAAUUUCUCUGGGACCCAUUUGGGUUGCCCAUGCAGGGCCCAAGUGACAGCCCAUCAAAAACCCACAUGGGGCCUACAUGACAAUGUUGGCUGGGUGUUAUGCAGCAAAUGAACGGAGGCGGAAGCCGGAGUACAGUUCGCUUUAAUUUAAUGAAGAGAGAGAUACACAUAUACACACACGGCAGUCCUUAGAAACCAAGAGAGCAAUAUCCGUGGUAUGCCCUGGAGGGACCACACAGUCCAGCAACGAAUACACGGGAGAAAAGGAGUAAUCCGGGGUGCGCUUUGGGAGAACGCGCAGCCGUAGAGAGAGUGUAGAGUCCGACGGGAAGUAACACAUACAUUUACACAUGCAUAUACAAACAAUAACGGACAGUGAGUGUAAUUUUUCAUUUCCAGUGUACAUCCUGCUUAUAUUUAUAUCAGUCAGUAAGAAUAAGUAAGAUAUUAACAAUACAAAUAAAAAAAACAAUAAUUAUUCACCAAAUAUUUCUAUUUAUCAAGCAAAAUAUUUUUACUGUUACAGUUUUUCGAGGACUUUAUAAUGCAGUAAACACAGUCAAAGUUGAAUCUCCAUCAAAUGUCCCAAUAGAAGCUUUGAAAGCAGACUUGAAUGUUGGAAGGAUAUAAAAAAUUGCAAUGCAGAUGGAUAAAACAUUUUAAAUACAACAUUUUUGUUACUCAAACAUGAAACUGUAGCAUUAAUUGUGUUAACACUGCAGAGUGUAGUCUUUUGUCCAUCACUGAAUACUACAACACGUCAGAUCUCACUCAGCAACGGAACUGUUUCCAGCAGUGUUCACAUCAAUAAUGAAUUCAUUGGCUCUUUCUUAAUUCAUUUCUGUUCUCAUCGUCCAUUUUAUUAGGAACACUUAUACACCUGCACAUCCAUGCUGGUAUCUAAAAAGCCAAUCACCCUGCAUCAUCAGAAGGAAGAAUAUUAGUGAUUUCUGUAAAUUUGAUACCAGAAGUCUACAAUUUCAUGUUGAUUUUAUGGUAAUUUUCAACAGAUUUUAGAGGUAGAAGUUCUGACCCAUGUGAAGAGUGU